AUGGUAUUGUCGCGAGUGUACUACCUUAAGUUAGCCGAUCCUUUCUUUUAUAUGCCGGGCGGUAUAGACAUCUUAAUAGGAGGCGAUUGGUUCUGGAAUCUCCUUUGCAUAGGACAAUUCAAAAUAGAACAGCUCACGAUGCAGAAGACUAGGCUGGGGUGGAUAGCAGCCAGCCCGCUCGAACCAACGGGCGCAAAUUCCAUUAAAUGCAAUUUUGCCAAAGAAGUAGACAUAGAUAGACAGUUGACUAAAUUCUGGAACAUCGAAGAGAUUCAGGACCAAAGAAUAUUCACCGCAGAAGAAAGGGAAGCGGAGGCACAUUUUGUGAGAACGACUCGAAGAAACGAAGACGGAAGAUUCAUCGUUAGCAUGCCAUUUAAGAGAAGUCCAGACGAGCUUGAAUACGAAAGAUUAGGUCAUAUGCGGAAGAUUUCGAAUGAAAGAACACAAGGAUCGGCAUAUUACCUUCCUCAUCACAAUGUAAUACGGAUGGAGAGCCUAACAACAAAGGUCAGAGUUGUUUUCGAUGCAUCGGCGGCUACAGAUAGCGGCGCUUCUCUGAAUGAUUUACAAAUGAUAGGUCCGACAAUACAAGAGGAUCUGCUGGCUAUACUUCUCAAAUUUAGAACGCACACCUAUAUCCCUGUUGAAAAAAACCAGGUGGGAAUCUAUAUGGGAAAUCCAUAUGGAUAA